CGUAGUUGAUUCCAUGGAAGAACGUAGUUGGCAUUGCAGCGUCCCGUCCAUCCGCUCCAAGUACUAGCCUAUGCCGUCCACGGUGAUGGUUAGCCAAAUUCAGGGUGUCGGCUAUGAACUGCAGCGAGGCCCGAGCGAGAGCGGGGGCAGGGGCACGGGCACGACUCGGUCCGGCACCGUCUCGGGUUCCGGACUUCUUUUUGAAGGUGUUUUCGGCAAUGAUCCAAAGCUUUGUCAUCUUCGUGCUUGGCCCGAUAAUGUGGAUGUCGGCCUAGACGAUGAGGUCCAUGACGAGGAAGGCAUACGGCAAGCUCCGCUCGUUGAUGAUGGAAGCGCAAUCCGUCAUGUGAAUCAUGACGUAUUUCGCCCAAUUGAUGGAGGCGCCGUGCAUGAUGGAGUGAAUCGCCUUCAAGUCCUCGUUGAAGAGCAAGGUGUGGCUGCCAUCCCGGGGGCGGAGGAUCCGAGUGAGGAUGUAGAGGAGGAGGCACUUCUCUUGUGGGGCCGAGUGGAUCGUCGGCGUGUCGCUGUGGCGGAUGAGGUUGGUGAUCCCGAGCUCUUGAAUGACCACCGCCUCAUUGUUGAGGAUCCAAUCGUCCUUCGGUCCGAAGGGAAUGGCAACGAUGCAAGUCAUCCUGACGCGUGCAACUCUGCAAUUGGUGUUGCCUUAGUGCAAGAUUUGUUUUUCGAAAUGCCGUACAAUGCACAGUUCUCGGGCCUUCGAAACACAAUAGGGAACGUGAGUAAGUAUCCGAGGCGUUUAGCCGAUCGCGGACAUAGCAGUGGGAAAUUAGAGAGGACAACCAGAAGCGCGAUCUUCUUCUUCGUUCUUUGUCAAUUCCAAUUCGUCAACCAGUCAAGCGAGGGAGACCACCGAGGAGGGAAAUCGCCGGAACAGUUCGCCGGGAAACUACAUCAAGUAAAUUGAAAUUCUUCUGUCAAUUGAAUUAAGGUAGGGAUCAAGGAUUUGAUGAGGAGCAGCCUGAAGGACAGUGAAGCGUGACACUGGUGGAUGACCCGAAGCUGUUUGAAAUUGAAUUAAAUACUUGUUGACUUU